AUGGCUGACCAUGCAUCGCCCACGCAGCUACCCAGCAUGGUCCGCAAGCCCAGGGCUGUAUGGCCUGGCCUGGUCAAGAUGGGCAUGUACCAGAAGCAGAUAGCAGGCGAUGGUAAUUGUCUCUUUGCAUCUCUUUCUGAUCAGCUCUACGGUACACCGGCCAGACAUUCCGAAAUCCGUGCAAACAUCAUCGAGCACAUGCGUACCUUUCGGCCUCUCUUCGAGCACUACGUCCACAAGGAUGACGUGCAGCAACGACGAAUCCUGCGUUCGGCCAAAUCGGCUGUCCAUGAAGACAAGGGAGACGCGUUUGAAGAAUACUUGACUCUCAUGGCAUGUAACGGCACCUACGGCGGGGAACCGGAAUUGGUUGCUUUCUGUCAGGUCUACGAUCAGGACGUCACGGUGCACCUACCACGCAUCAAGAACUUCAACCGGGACUCUAUAUCAUAUACCAACGAACACCGAGAGUCCAGUGUUUCGUUGCCACCAUUGCACAUCUGCUACGGUGGGGAUGAAGUCACCCGAGCACACUACGAUUCAGCUCGGAGCCGAGACGGUUCUAUCCCUAGAAGCCGGAACAGUCCUCUGAUGAAACCUCAGGACAACACUUCAAAUACACUUGCCAGUACUCCCUCUGGACCAGGCUUCAUUCUUACCAACAGAACGAUUCGCAAUAGCAGAUCCGAUCUAUCUUCGGAAGUGAUGCAAGACAUUCUUCAACGCAACAAGGAAAAGGUCGAGAUCAGCCUAUAUCAAACCGGUGACAAAUACCGUGCUAGAAGCCCUUCCGUGACUUCCUCACAACGCAGCUCCAGCUCCAAGCGAUCAUUGGAUGACGAUGGAGACUCCAUCCGCUCCAGCAAGAGAGCCGACCGGAGAAAGAGCACUCGGCGACGUGCAGACAUUACUGUGAUUAUCCCUGAUGCGGACAGUGAGCCUUCUCCAAGUAUCACCGGCGAUUCCCUCCGUGCAGAGACGCCCCCAAGCACCCAGGCAACGGAAGUCUCCUCUGACAACACCCCUCCCGAAGACGAACGCGAUAUUGUCAAGACGGAGGGCGUUACGCUACACGACGAAAGUUACGACUCUGAGCCCGCUGCUCGUGCAGCAAAGGCUCGUGCGAAUCCUCAGACCCGUACCUCCCUCAACGUUGUCACCAACGGAGCCCAAGGCUCGGACCCAACCACACCGAGGCACAUGUCAGUUGCAGCGAGGCCAAAGUCAACAUUACGAGCAUAG